GGCUUUCUGAAGGCUGACAAAAGCAUUUUGUUUCAACAGGAGCUCAGAUCUUUAUCAGCUUUUAUUUGUUCACUUGGUAGAAAUCUGAGAGGGAAAAGGUUCAGCCUGUACCUUGGAUUGAUACACGGUGGAAGACCGAAGGACUAAAACUUCAAAAGGAAUUGGGUGUGCUGCAGGAACAUGACGGAGGAAUAAAACGCCAGCUGUGCUGAUAAGUAAAGCCUCUGUGUACUUUACGUGUGUGUUUGUGGAAACCUGGCUAGAGAACACACACAAACUAGGACAGCUACGUCCCACCUUCCUAGAGGAUCUGAUCCAGAGACCUGAACAAGGCCUCCAGAACUCUGAGCUGGCUGUUCCAGAGGCAGCAUACCACUCAGUGAUUAAUAAAACUUGUGGGAAGUGGGCAUAGCAAUCACAGCCUCAUGUGCUAUUGGAAAUACUGAUUUACUACAACUGUUGGACCAGCAGAAUGAUACAGGAUCAUACAGCACCUCUGGACAGUGUACCAGGUCACUUUUGGAUCACUGCACAAAGUCUUCAGAGAAAACAGUAGUGAUUACAAGGAAACGAUGCUUAACAAAAACAAGUUCAUUGUCAAGUAACACUCAAACAGGAGCAUAUCUCUGAAGGCCAUGUGGUUAUGAUAUUCAGGUUCCAUAAUGCCUCCUGCCAUGACAGACAUCCUUGACAUCUGGGCAGUGGAUUCACAGAUAGGAGCUGAUGGUUUAAUCUCUGUGGACUUCCUGCUCCCAACUGGAACCUACAUCAACCUGGAUGUGCCUCGAGAUGCCACCAUAUGCCAUAUUAAACAGCUACUAUGGAAGCAGGCACACAGCUACCCUCUAUUUCAUCUCCUUAUGGAGAUUGACUCUUAUAUGUUCUCAUGUGUGAACCAGACGGCUGUACGUGAGGAACUAGAGGAUGAAACUCGAAGGUUGUGUGAUGUUAGACCCUUUCUUCCUGUCCUCAAACUAGUGACAAGAAACUGUGACCCAGGGGAAAAAUUGGAUUCCAAAAUAGGUGUCCUUAUAGGAAAAGGCCUCCAUGAGUUUGAUGCCUUACAGGACCCUGAAGUGAAAGAAUUCCGUAGUAAAAUGCGGCGAAUCAGUGAAGAGAAACUCCUGUCGCUUGUGGGCCUGUCCUGGGUUGACUGGCUAAAGCACAGCUAUCCACCAGAACAAGAACCCUCAAUCCCAGAAAACUUUCAAGAUAAACUCUACGGUGGAAAUCUUGUUGUGGCCAUUCAUUUUGAUAAAUGCCAGGAUGUAUUUAGUUUUCAAGUGUCUCCUAACAUAAAUCCUGUCAAGUUGAAUGAAUUGGCAAUCCGAAAACGUUUGACUAUCCAUGGAAAGGAAGACGAAGUUGAUCCUUCUGACUAUGUGUUGCAAAUUAGUGGAAGACUGGAAUAUAUUUUUGGUGACCACCCAUUAAUUCAGUUCCAGUAUAUCCGUAAGUGUGUGAUGAACAGGAUUCUUCCUCACCUGACACUGGUUGAGUGUUGCAGCAUAAAGAAAAUGUGUGAACAGGAGAUGAUUGCCACAGAAGGUGCCAUAAACCGAAAAUCAUCCAAUCUUCCUCUUCCUCUGCCACCAAAAAAAACACGAACAGUUACUCAGCUGACUCACAGUGUGUGGGAUAUGAGCAACCCUUUCAAGAUUAUGCUGUUAAAGGGUAAUAAGUUGAACACAGAAGAAACUGCCAAAGUUCAUGUCAGGGCUGGUCUUUUCCACGGAACUGAACUCCUUUGUAAGCCAAUUGUAAGUGCAGAAAUAUCUGGGAGAAGUGAACAUGUUUGGAAUGAAACACUGGAAUUUGAAAUCAAUGUCUGUGACUUGCCAAGAAUGGCUAGGCUGUGCUUUGCAGUUUAUGCUGUGAUGGAUAAAAUGAAAACUAAAAAGUCAACCAAGACCAUUAAUCCCUCCAAAUACCAGACCAUCAGGAAAGCAGGAAAAGUGCACUAUCCUGUAGCCUGGGUAAAUACCAUGGUAUUUGAUUUUAAAGGACAGUUGAAGAGUGGAGACCUCUUACUGCACAGUUGGACAUCAUUUCCUGAUGAACUUGAAGAAAUGUUGAAUCCAAUGGGAACAGUACGAACUAAUCCUUACACUGAAAAUGCAACGGCUUUGCACAUUAAAUUUCAAGAAUAUUCAAAACUGCCUAUUUAUUACCCUCCCUUUGAUAAGAUACUUGAAAAGGCAGCUGAGAUUGCAAAAAGCAGUGAGAAUGCUGGCAUGCCAGGUCGAGGUGGCAAAAAGUUCUAUAUUGAACUAAAAGAAAUCAUGGAAAGGGACCCCUUGACUCAACUAUGCGAAAAUGAAAUGGAUCUUAUAUGGACUUUGCGGUAUGACUGUCGUGAGAAUUUCCCACAAUCACUGCCAAAACUGCUGCUGUCUAUAAAAUGGAACAAACUUGAAGAUGUUGCUCAGCUUCAGGCUCUUCUUCAAAUAUGGUCAAAAUUGCCUCCUAGAGAAGCAUUAGAGUUGCUGGAUUUCAAUUAUCCGGACCAGUAUGUGAGAGAGUAUGCAGUGGGCUGUUUAAAGCAAAUGAGUGAUGAAGAGCUCUCUCAGUAUCUUCUCCAGCUUGUGCAAGUUCUGAAAUAUGAACCUUUUCUCGAUUGUGCCCUCUCCAGAUUCCUGGUAGAGAGAGCACUUGCUAAUAGGAGGAUUGGGCAGAUGCUAUUUUGGCAUCUAAGGUCAGAGGUGCACAUACCUGCUGUCUCAAUACAGUUUGGUGUAAUACUUGAAGCUUACUGCCGAGGAAGUAUUGCUCACAUGAAAGUGCUUUCCAAACAGGUUGAAGCCCUCAGUAAAUUGAAGACCUUAAAUAGUAUAAUAAAACUGAACGCCAUGAAGCAAAGCAAAGCAAAAGGAAAAGAUGCAAUGCACACCUGUUUAAAACAAAAUGCAUACAGAGAAGCACUUUCUGACCUCCAGUCUCCUUUGAAUCCUUCUGUUAUACUAUCAGAACUAUACGUUGAGAAGUGUAAAUAUAUGGAUUCUAAAAUGAAGCCUUUAUGGAUAGUAUACAACAAUAAGAUGUUUGGAGGAGAUCUCUUAGGGAUCAUCUUUAAAAAUGGCGAUGAUCUACGACAAGACAUGUUGACACUCCAGAUUUUGCGUUUGAUGGACUUACUUUGGAAAGAAGCUGGUCUUGAUCUCCGGAUGUUGCCAUAUGGUUGUUUAGCAACAGGAGACCAUUCUGGCCUUAUUGAGGCUGUUUCUGCUGCAGAAACCAUUGCAGAUAUUCAGUUAAAUAGUAGCAAUGUUGCUGCUGCUGCUGCAUUCAACAAAGAUGCUCUCUUAAACUGGCUAAAGGAAUACAAUUUAGGAGAUGACCUGGAUCGAGCCAUCGAGGAGUUCACCCUAUCUUGUGCUGGCUACUGUGUAGCUACUUACGUACUGGGCAUCGGUGACAGACAUAGUGACAAUAUCAUGGUCAGGAAGAAUGGUCAGCUCUUUCACAUAGAUUUUGGGCAUAUUCUUGGGAACUUCAAAUCCAAAUUUGGAAUUAAAAGGGAACGAGUGCCUUUCAUUCUUACCUAUGAUUUCAUUCAUGUCAUUCAACAAGGCAAAACGGGGAAUACUGAGAAAUUUGGCCGGUUCCGCCAGUGUUGUGAGGAUGCAUAUUUGAUUCUGCGAAGACAUGGAAACCUAUUUAUCACACUCUUUGCACUGAUGUUAACUGCAGGGCUUCCAGAGCUAACUUCUGUCAAGGAUAUCCAGUAUCUCAAGGACUCUCUUGCCUUAGGGAAGAGUGAGGAAGAAGCGCUAAAACAAUUUAAGCAAAAAUUUGAUGAAGCGCUCCGGGAGAGUUGGACUACUAAAGUGAACUGGAUGGCUCACACUGUUCGAAAAGAUUACAGAUCCUAGGUGGUUUUUAGAUUUGCACUAAACUGAAUAUUACUCUGACAAUAAGUGUUUAAAAAGGGAACUGUAGGCUUGACCAACAAAAUGUAUUUCAAAACAGAAAAAGGAAGUGGUCUGGAGAAUUGCUGAUUCUUUUGCACUCUGCUUCUGAAUGCUUGAUCCCAAGACUUUCUGAACAAAUAGUAAAUAUCCUGGAUAAUCAGUUCCUGCUGACUUUGCACGCUGAGAGCUACUAGAUACUUUAUUCUUUUUUUUUUUUAAUUAUUUGGUACUUUAAAAAAGUGUAAAUAUUUGUUUUUGUAUGUUGGGGUAAUGUAUUCUACACACCCGAGAGGUUUGGAGACCUCUCAUGAAACUGCUCAUUGUUUUAAAAUUGGGGCUUAAAAGAAGAGUGAAAGUUUUUGAUAUCUUAAUACUAGCUAAACAUGACCAUACUGUAUAUAUUUUUUCAUAUGAAAUCUGCCCUACUUGCAUAAAUGCAUUAAUUAAUUCUACUGUAAAGAGUAGCCACAGUUAUUGUACUACAGGGAGGUGCUUAAAGUCUUGUACUGCUGCUGAAAGAACAGUAUACAGAUAUUUGUAAGAUUUCUAAUGGGAGUUCUUCAAAAGCACUUAGUUUUGUCCUAACUUUCUUCUCACUGACUUCACUAGGAGCAAUUAGACCAAUGCUGAAUGCUUCUGAAAAUCCCUCCCAAAAGAUGUAUUGUCUUCAAUUCAAUCUGUUUAACUCUUUGCAAAAAGCAAAGUUAUUUCAUCUGUCUGCAAAGAGUUGCUCCAUUCAGUCUUCCAUUUAAGUUCAUAACAGUGAUGCACACACAAACACAUUGUGUAAAGUAUGUACAGUAUAUGGACAAUUUUACUUAAAUAUAAUACAAAUACUGAUUAACAGAGCCUAUGUACCAAAAUAAUAAGGAAAUUGUACCACCAACUCGGUACUUAAGAUUUUGUAAAAAUAAAGUCCAUACUUAAAAUUCAACAUGUUAUAAAACACCAGUGAGGAGUCAUAACUCUGUUCUUACUGUAUUUAUUAAAAGCCUGCAGUAAUAUUACUUUUCCAGGAUAUUUGUGUUCGGUUUAAGAUGAUUGAUAACGAAACUGGAUUUGUUUUAAUUUAUUUAGUGAGGUAUCAGUUUUUUAGGUGCAUAAAUGGAGAGCUAUUGUGAUACGUGCAAUAGAAACUGCUGUUUUAAAGGUGUAAUAUAUACUGUUUCUGAACAUUAGGAAGAUGGAACUUAACUACUGUUCAUUCUCCAAAGACCACUGGUAGCUCUCAAUUUGUGUUGACAUUUGAAAGAGAAUUAAAUAUAUAUUUACCUUUGGACUAAACAAUUGUUUUACACAGGAAUUUCAUUAAAGAUGAUUUUACUUUGUUCUUAGA